AUGGUUGAAUGGUUCUUUCCCUGGUCAAAUUCUUUAAAAACACGUGCUUGUCGUCAAUUAAUUCAACAUUAUCUUGGAAUCUUUCUCCAAGAAAAACUUUCGCUUGAUCAAUUAUCAAUUGAUUUGUUUUCUGGACGAGUUCAAGUGAAAGAUGUUAUUUUAAAUUUAAGUGUAUUAAAUGAAUCAUUAACACAUAAUAAUAUUCCAUUUGAAAUAGUCAAAGCUUAUGUUGGAGAAAUUAAUUUACUUAUCCCAUGGAAUUCGUUGAUUAAAGAUAAUUCUUUACUUGAUAUCAAAGAACUUCAAAUAACGAUUCGACCAAACGAGACGAAGAAACCGAUUAUUACAUCAGAAACAAGUUUUGAAUUAUCUUCCAUGUUUAAUAGUAUGAAUACGAGUAUGCUUAUAGCACAAGAAUGUUUAAAAAAUGAAAUAGAAGAAAAUCAAAGCUAUCAAGGAUUAGAAACGUUUGCUGCCACUAUUGAUUCAAUAUUGGCACGUGUUCGUGUUACUCUGACUGACACAGUAAUUAGAAUGGAACAUUUAAUUAACGAUGAUGAUCAUGGUGUUGCUUUGGAAAUUCGUAUUAAAAAGUUUGAGUACUAUGAUAGUGAAGCCAGUAUUGAUUUACAUUUACCAACCGAUUCAAAACCAUUUCUUCGUCCAACUAUCUUUACAAAUAAAAAUUUUGUACUAAGUGGCGUGAGUUUAUAUACCGAUGAAUUUUUGACGUAUGCAAAAAAAAGUUCAAUGACAGAAUCGAUCAUUGAAUUUUCAACAUCAGAUCAUUUGAUAGCAGAUAGUAUGACAACAAGUGUCGUAUCGAAUGCUUCUUCUUCUGCCACACGAAUGGUUGGUUAUAUUACAUAUGAGCAAAUACUUUGUCUAACUAUAUCUGGUACACAAGAUAUUCGAUUGAAAUUGAAACAAUCUGAUCAAGUCUUUGGACCAAAAGUUGAAAUUGAAGCACAUUGUGGCUCAGUUACAUGCUUGUUAACACCAAAACAACUACAAUCGUUAAUCGUACUUGUUACAGCAUAUCAGAAGGCUGCACUAAAUAGUACAUCAAAAGAUGAUAGACAAUUAAAAUCCAAACUAAAAAGUCGUCCAAUGAAUGAUGAUGAUUUUAAAAAAAUUGAACAAACACUUGCUGAAGAAAUUCGAAAAAAAAAUUUUCCUUCAGAACAAACAGAUUUUUAUACUUUUAAUGAUACCGAAUUUAGAGAAACGCCGGAUUCAAUGUUUUGUUCAGCAAAAGGAAUGUCAGCUAGCAUAGAUCUUCAAUCCUCUUAUACAAGUAGUCGAAAUGAUAAUGCAUCUGUAUCAAAUCGACAAAGAUUAUCUGAUAAUACUCUCGUAAAUACAUCUAUUCCAGAUACUACUCGUUUAAAAGAACUGUCUCGUCAUCUACUUGAACAAUCUCCAUCAUGUGCAAUAACAAAAUGUCGUUUACAAUUCAAUUUUAUUUCCGUAUGUUUGUUACAUCGUGAUUUACAACCAUCAUUGAAUGACUGUAAAAUAUCCAUGACAACGAUAUCAUCACCACUUAAAGAUUUUGCUGACGCUUAUUUUGAGAAUACAUCAACGAUAACCACAUCCGGUUUACUAACAACAGACAAACAAAUUAGUGAACUUCGUGAAAAAUAUUCGAAUGCCUGUUUAAAAGAUCAUCUUAGUAUCAUUGGCAAACCAUUUACUCUUGAUUUUUCUCAACAAGUAGCGCAAAAAUGUCUACGGUUUGAUUUGGAUAUAAGACUGGGAUUUUUUGAUGUUUGUGAAUGUCUUCGGAAAGAGAAUACCACAAGUACACAUCAACAGAAAAAUACAUCUGUCACAGACAUGAUCUAUAAUCGACUUGUAACAUUUAAUCGUUCUGACAACGACUCAACAUCUCACUCAUUUACAUCAUCUUUAAACAGUAUAACAUCAUCUAUUCAAAUAAAUAUUUCAAACUUCAACGUACUGAAUUCAAAUCAAACAGCAACAAGAAGCUAUGAUCGACAAUUAUCAUCUGUUUGUCCUUAUACUGAUAUAAAUAUACGUCUUGCUCAAUGUCAGAUUGAUUUUGAUAUUUCAAUCAUUGACAGAAUACAUUGUCUUCUAAAAGCAUGUCAGAUUAAUCAAACACAUCGUCAUCAAAUGGCACAAGCAGCCGCUACACAUUUUCACAAUCAUAAUUCUCAAACACUAUAUCAGACGUCCUAUGAAUCCAAUGAUAAUUCAUUAAUAAUGCUCAAUAUUAGUUCACCAUUUUGUACAUUCAAUUUAAGAUUUCCUAUACCUGAUUUACAGCCAUUAAUAAAACGCCGUCCAUGGUGGAUACAAACCAUACAUAAAGAACUUCUUUGUUUUGAUUUAAAACAAUUACAUUUUAAAUCUAAUAUUUUAUUAAAUGAAAAAACAGAAAAUAAUAAAUUUGAAAUUACAUCAGAAUGUAUUCAAGUAUAUUUUAUGACGGAUAUAGAAUCUAAUGAACGUAUGCAUAUAGCACAAGUAGAAUGUGGUAAUGGAGAAAUAAUUAAAUUAGUCAUAAGUUCAUCGGAUCAAACAAAUAAUCUUCUAAAUCAACUUGAUCAUAUUUCAGAAACGUUAUGUGAAUCAGUCAUAUGUCGUUUACCAACAACGGAUAAUAAAGUACCAUUAUCAAAUAAAAAUGCGUUAUACGAUAAUCGACAAAUGUUAACUGCUGCUGAAGCUGAUGAUAUGGAUCGUUUUUUUUCAAUAUGUAGUGAAGAAACAAAACUUUAUGUUCACAUUUUAAUACCCUAUUUAAUGUUGUAUAUACCAAAUCAAAAGUUUUUAGAAAAUAUUUAUAACAAAUUUGUGAAUAAUUUAUUCAUGUGGGAAUGUUCUGCUCCAUGGUCAAAUACAAAUAACGAUCAUAUGUAUUCCACCACAACAGGAAUGAAUGAUUAUCGAAAUCCUCGUCUUUAUAAUUCAUUUUACUAUCAAAAUGACAAUAAUAAUCCUCGAUCUGAUGGAAAAUUUCAAACGUGUAAAACUGGAAUCAAUGCAGAUUUGUCAGAUUCUGACACAAAUGUUUCGGAUGCUGACGAUAACAUAGAAGAUGAUGAAGAGAGAAAAGCAAAUGGUGCACAUAAUUUGGUACUAAAAUUGGAUAUUAAAGAUCUUCAUAUCGCCGCAUUUGCUCCAUCAGCACCAUUGAAUGAAUUAAAUGAAACGGAGAAGAAGACGACAACGACAACUCAUGUUGGUGAAUUUAGAAUUGACGGAAAAGAUUUGACAUUGGCUAUCGUUGAUGGUUAUCAUUCUGAUCCAAAUUUACAAUAUUUUUGUCUGAUGACAAAAUCAGCAUCACUUCAUCAUAAUGGUCAUGCUAUUCCCUUAAAAAACAAUGCCAGACUAUCCGAUGUAAUUGGUCGUACAUUACCGGAAUUAAUUCGAAGUUUACCACCAAAUACAUUUCCGAAAUAUAAUCAUAACGAUAGUACUAUGAUACGAGCUGCAUUUGAAAUACGAACGAACGCUGAUCGUUCAAAUGGGAAACAAAAGACUAUUCGUGGUUCAUUUUCUAUUGAUGGUGCAAUGUUACAUCAAAAAUUUGUUCCCAAAGCAGAAAACUGGCUGUUACAAUUAAUUGAAUUAUUUGAUUUAACUGAUGAUGAAGUGCCCGGCUAUAUACCGUCGACUUCAGUGGUUGAAUGGUAUUUGGAAUUUCGACAUUGUGCAAUAAGUUACAGACCAUUGCAUUUUGAUGUGAAAUGUUUUGUGGCAAUUGAAUCCUUAACAUUGGCUAGUACAUAUGUGAAAAACAGUAAAACAACUCUACUUGAACUAGAUCUGGAUGAAUGGGCAAUAUAUUUAUCAAAAAAACGAGAGAAAUAUCAAAUUGAUGUUCAAAAUGAUUACGUGUGUGUUAUGAAUGGUGGUGCGUUUGAAGUUAAAUUAUGCUUUAAUGACUUGGUUGAGGAAAUUUUGAAAAGUCCAUUGGUUGAUAUUAAAAUCUCUUGUAAUAUGAUCAAUUUACGAACAUGCUCUGAUUCAGCAGCAGCAUUAAUUGACUUAUUGAAAUAUAUUGUUACUGAUGGUGAUUUACAAACACAUAAUAACUCAACAACUGAAAACAUACCAACAGACACAGUCAGAAAACAUGAAAGACCACCUAGAUUAUCUAUCGGUCAAAUAUUUGAUGGUGGCGAUGAUAUUGAUGACAAUACAUCAACUUCGAUAUUAAAAGAGACGAAAAAACCUAGUCAAGAAAGUUUACAAACAAUGAUGCUCGAAGAAGCAAUGAAAGAGCAAAAGCCAGACCAGAUGCAUACUCAAAUAUCAUCAUCAUCUAUAUCGUCAUGUACUUUAAUUGAUCAUCAAGUACAUCCAUCUCCAUCAAGAACCAUCGCACGUUCUUCACCAACUAUAAAAAUGAAUCAGUCAGACAUAUUACCACCAAUUCUGUUCGAUACGCAUCAAUCGGAUAGUGAUAAUGAGAUUAAAAAUGAUGAUAUUGAAUUUGAAAGUGGGCCAGUAUUUUCACCAUCAUUACAAACUGAGACAUCAAUUCAUUAUCGAAAUACAUCUGUAUCUGUUCCAUCCUUUUCAUUGCUGUCAAAAGUAUCAGAAAAAAGUAACAAUAGAAUACGGCAACAACAAUCAUCAAAUUGCCUUUAUGUUGGUAGUGAACGACGUAAUGAUGAUUUUAGAGAAUUUGAAUUGAUUGAACGUGAAAUUGGAAUGGGAAGACCACCACAAAAUGGUGUAUGUCAAAUACAUGUUUUAACUGAUCAGACAAUACAUAUUAAUGACAAUCAUUUUUCUAAACCCUUGGAGCGUAAUGAUAUAUUAAAUGCGCCAUCCUAUUUACCGGUGCCAACAUUUCGUUUUUCUAUUCGUAAUUUAUCAUUGGUGUGGUUUAUUUACGGAGGCAGCGAUUUCAAAGAAAAAUCAAAAUCAGACGAUGGUCAUCAACCACUUGUACAGUUAAAUAUUGAUGAAUCGAUUCGAUCUUUUCCGGUGCGAUUUAGUGCAGUAACAUCUAAUGAUACAAUAGGUGGAAAUACAACUGUUCAAUCACAAAAAAAAGCGGGUGGACGUUUAUUGAGCGCUUAUGAUCCUAGUCAGUUAAAUCGACGACAACGAGGUGGUACAUAUCGUGAUCUUAAUACGAGUAUGGAAUUUUCUAUAACUAAAGCUCGAUGUCAAUAUGAAAUAUAUCCUGAUAAAGCAAAGCAAUGUUCACGUUUUGCGUUUGCCAUACAUGAAUUCGAAAUUCGUGAUCGAUUAAUAGCACGUUCAGAAAUCAAUAAAUUUCUUUAUCUCUAUACAACAGAAGCAUUACCAAGACGUACUCAUGCUGAUAUGUUGGUUAUUAAAGUUCUUUAUACUAAACCAGAAGGUUUUGAUCAGCAUUCACAAAUUGACGGAAAAAAAUUGGAUAAUGAUGUAUCUGACAUUAAUGAACUUUUAGAAUGUGAAAUUAAAGUUUCAUUACAACCAUUACGUAUCAAUAUUGAUCAAGAUGCGCUCGUGUUUAUGCGUCAAUUUUUUACGGAAUUAACUGUAAAUAAUUCGUCAAGUGUAACAAAUGAAACAUCUUCUAAUUUGCCAGGGUAUCAAAAUUCAUCGAUGGAUGCUGAUCAUGAUGACAACACUUUCUCUAGUUCGCCUCGGAGUCCAACAUCAGUUUUAGCGACACCAGUGUCAUCGUCACCACCAUCGUCAACAUCCGCCGGUCCAUCGGUAUUUAUUAAACAUUUUGUAUUUUCUCCCUCUGUACCAAUACGCCUUGAUUAUCAUGGAAAAUUACGUAAUGAAUUAUUAUUCGAACAAGGACCAUUCUUAAAUUUAUUAAUCGGUUUAGCUCAACUAAAUAAAGUUGAUUUAAAUUUAAAACGUAUAUUCUAUAAACGUGGUCUACUUGGUUAUGAACGUUUGUUAACAUUUAUAUUAAACGAAUGGUUACAUGAUAUACGUCCAACAGAUGUUUUAAAAGGUAUUGUGCCCAUUUCAUCCAUUACUCAAAUUGUUCAAGGUAUUCGUGAUUUAUUUUGGUUACCAAUUGAUCAAUAUCGAAAAGAUGGACGAAUUAUUCGAGGUAUUCAACGUGGUGCAUCAUCGUUCACUACCUCAACAGCAUUAGCUAUCAUUGAAUUAAGUAAUCGUUUAGUUCAUUGUGCACAUAUAGCUGCAUUGCUUUGUUUUGAACUUGUAUCUCCUUCCACUUUAUCAACAGCAUCCUCAUUAUCAUUACAACAGAAUUCAUCAUCUAAUAAUCGUAUAAUGGUUCGUUCACAUCCACCUCCAAAUGAUAUUAGAGAAGGUGUAUCUUAUGCUGUUAAUGUUGUACGACAAAGUAUAAAUGCCACAUCGCAUACAUUGAAGACUGAAGCACAAAUAGGAAAAAGACGUAAAGGUGUUUUAGGUGUAGUAGGUGGUAUAUUACGACAAAUGCCAGCUGUUGCUGUACAACCACUUGUAACAUCAACAAAGGCGGCUGAAAAUUUUCUUGUAGGCGUUCGAAAUCAAUUAGAUCGAGACGAAAGAAAUGACGAUAAAGAAAAAUAUAAGAGUCAGUGA